CCUGAGCCUCGUUCCGGUGGGGGGUGUUAGGGGAAGGCGCGAGGUUUCCCGGAAGGCAGUACCGCCCCUCGGCCCCCAGUGGCUGGCCGCUAUAAAAGGACCUGCGCGCUGCUGGUGUGGUCAGCUCCUCGAACCUCAGCCGCUUCACGUCCCGGUCUCCGCUCUGCCUUCGGUUGUUAUGGCUUCGAGCGCCGCCCGACUCCAGCUGCCCGCGCUCCUGGCCAUGCUCGGGGCUCUGCUUCCAGGGCCUGGAGGUGCCCAAACAUCAGUGCACCUCUCCAACGACAUCAUACCCAGAGGAGGCUCCGUGCAGGUGAACUGCAGUGCCUCCUGUGACGAAGAUGCUGUCUUGGGUCUGGAGACUCAGUUGACUAAAGAGGAAGUGAAUAGUGGGACCAACUGGAAGAUCUAUGAACUUAGUGACAUACAAAAAGACAGCCGUCCAAUAUGCUUCUCAAACUGUCACGGUAUCCAGACGUCAGCUUCAGUGUCCAUCACUGUGUACUCAUUACCAAAGCGUGUGGAACUGGCACCCCUGCCUCAGUGGCAGUUGGUAGGUGAAAAUCUCACUCUGCGCUGCCUGGUGGAGGGAGGCGUGCCCCGGCGUCACCUCUCUGUGUUGCUGCUCCGUGAGGAGGAAGAGCUGAGUCGGCAGCCAGCCGUGGGGGAACCCGCUGAGGUCACGACCACGGUGCUGGUGGACAGAGACAACCACGGCGCCAACUUCUCUUGCCGCACGGAACUGGACCUUCGGCCCCAAAAGCAGGAACUGUUCCAGAACAGCUCAGUCCCCAGGCAGCUCCGAACCUUCGUCCUGCCAAUGACCCACCCAUGGCUUGUUACUCCCCGGAUCAUGGAAGUGGGCACACAGAAGCUCGUGAACUGCACCCUGCACGGGCUGUUCCCUGCCUCAGAGGCCCAGGUCCACCUAGCGCUAAAGGACCAGAGGCUGGAACCCAAAGUCACGUACAACAAGGACUCUCUCUCGGCUAUGGCCUGGGUCAAAGCGAACACAGAGGAAGAAGGCACCCAGCAGCUGACAUGUGCAGUGAUUCUGGGAAACCAGAGCCGGACAACAAGGGAGAAUGUGACCAUCUACAGCUUCCCUGCUCCCAACCUGACCCUGAGCCAGUCUGAGGUCUCCGAGUGGACUAUGGUGCGUGUGGAGUGCAAGGCCCAUGCUAGAGCCAUGGUGACGCUGAAUGGAGCCCCACCUGGGCCUCCAGGCUCGAGUGCCCAAUUCCUGCUGAAUGCCAGUGCUGAGGACGACGGGCGCAGCUUCUUGUGCACUGCUGCCCUAGAGGUGGCUGGGAAGGUGCUGCACAAGAACAAGACCCUGGAGCUUCGUGUUUUGUAUGGCCCCCAACUAGAAGAGAGUGAUUGCCCAGGAAACUGGACAUGGCAGGAAGGCUCCUGGGAGACCCUGAAGUGCCAGGCCAGAGGAAACCCAAUCCCCAAAGUGAACUGUAGCCGGAAAGGGGAUGGGAGUGUACUGCCCAUCGGGGACCGAAUGCUUGUCAAUCGGAACAUUUCAGGCACCUACAUGUGUCGGGCCACGAGCCGUCAGGUUGAGGUCACCCAUGAAGUGGUCGUGAACGUGAUCUACAAGCAGAAUGACAUGGUCAUCAUCAUUGUGGUGGCAGCUACAGUCAUCUUGGGCACCGUGGUCAUAGCCGCUUACCUCUAUAACCGCCAGCGGAAGAUCCGGGAAUACAAGCUACAGAAGGCCCGGGAGGCGGCUGCCCUGAAGCUGAACACGCCACCCUGAACCUGUUGUAGGACAGGGACUCCAGCAGUGGCAGCAGUGCCACAUUGAACAGUGGUGGACAUAUGCCAUUCAGCAGUACCUACCUUCCAAGGAUGCCAGAGGACAGGACAGAGGCCUCAGGAUACACGCAGCAUUUAGGGCCAUGCCAUCUGCACACUGAGGACUCCCAGGCCUCACACCUGACUUGUAGCCACAGGACUGAGCCAAGUCUCGGGGGCAAGACUUAGGACAUGACUGUGAGGGAUAUCAAAGGCUGACCUGGUCAGAGGGGGAGUGAUGGAGACCCAUACCUCCAACAUGGGGACAUCCAUUUGGGAAACAUUGAAUCUCUCCCCCCUACUAUGUGUGCAGAGGCCCUACAGUUCUAAGAAGUAGCCCUGCCCAAACAUGGACAGCACUGAAACACAAACCCCCAUACUUCCUCUGACAGAUGCCAGCUCUUACAGUGCUGUCCACUGACUGUUUCCAACUCUUGGUGAUAACAUAUUUAUUCAUUUAUUCUUUUACCAGAUAUUUAUUAGUUUCUUUUAUGUGGAAUAGAAUGAUAAACAAGACGAACAGAGGUUCCUGCCCUCAGGGAGCCCUCAAGUCUAACCUUAUUCAGGGAUGCCAAGUACAGUUAGUUGUAUGGCUGUGCACUACAUUAAGAGUGUGUGGCAAAAAGAUCAGUGGGAUGGAAUUUCCCUCUCCAUUGACCAAACUGCUUUCCCCCAGAAGGGGACUAACAAUGCAACAUAUUUUGCAUGUUGCUGGUGACAUGCCCAGGGACGACCCACGGAGCCCUUACCCCCAGCAAUGAUGCUGACCUCCGUUAGCCACCUCUCCACCCAUAUGCAUCUCUGCUCGUGCUCACAAUGACACUUGAUGGCAUGCCUAAACAUGAGUACCCAGUCCUUGGCAGCUAAACCAUGGAGUCCCAUGAAACUAUGUCCAACCACUGUGUGCCCCUGUUUUGUCCUGCUUGUUUCCACCUCAUUGGGACCAUGCAAGAACAGAACCCUAGCAGCCCCAAAUUCUUGCAGUGAUGAGGGCCCUGCAGGCAAUGGGGAGGAGAGGCCUCCGGGGACUACCAACUCCAGAAGCCUCUCCCUUGUGCUAAUAAAGCUGUUUGAUUCA